AUGGAACACCCUGCUUUUAGUCUUUCAGGUCUGUCUUUAGUUGGAGGAGUCAUGGGAUAUGCCCGUAAAGGUUCCCUUCCUUCCCUAAUAGCUGGAGUCACUUUUUCGGCAAUUUAUGCCGGAGCUGGAUAUUUGCUGAAGAAUAACAUGGAAUAUGGGGUUCAAACUGCUUUGGGAGCCUCCACUCUGAUGUUUAUUGCCGGAAUCAACCGGGGAAUUGUGUCAAGAUAUAAGAAACCCGUUCCAAUUGUUCUGACAAUUCUAGGAGCCGCUUCCACUCUGUACUAUGCUAAGAAGUAUGAAGAAUUUUACCUUUAA